AUGGCCAAGAGCGCGAGAGCGAGCAGGAUCAAGGAGAACCACCAGCGGUUCAAGAAGAAUAUUGCUGGUCCAGUUGAGGCAGCGCGUCUGGAGCGUCUUUCAGCCAAGUUGAUGGCUAUUGCCCAGGCACCCAAGCCAGAUAUUGAGAUGAAGGAGGAGAGUGAGGCUACUGCUGAGCAGCCCAAGGAGAGCACUCAGACCAAAGAUGACACUGCCAUGGAUGUUGAUGGCGCUAAGCCCACUCUCUCUGGUGUUAAGAGUGGCAAGUCCAUCGGGAGGAAGGACAGCAGGAAGAGGAGAGGCAAGAAGUCUUCGAUUGUAUUCCCGAUGAAGGGUCCCAAGAGGAACAACCUCAAGAAAUGA